CUGUCGUCACAUCCGGUGUGUUGGAAAACCUCUAGAAUGUUUCAGUAGCUUCUCGUUCACUCCUGUGUGUGUAUAUUAAAGCGCGUGUACGGCUGUCAUGAAUAUAUCCGCAUUAACGCUCAUGAAAACCUAAGCCCUCCACCUGUGCUGGAGACGUCAACAGGAGCAUCGUAUUACAAAUCAACAGGUCUGCUCCUGCGUAAGAGAGCGGCCACACGGGCCCGUCGUCAUGCUAUGCUGGGGAAAUGCCUCGUACGGGCAGCUCGGUUUAGGUGGGAUUGAUGAGGAGAUCGUGCUGGAGCCGCGCAAGUGCGAGUUCUUCGAGGGCAAGCGCGUGAGAGAUGUGGGAUGUGGCAGACGUCACACUGUCUUUCUGCUGGAGGACGGGACGGUUUACACAUGCGGGUGUAAUGACCUGGGUCAGCUGGGGCACGACAAAGGACGCAAGAAACCAGAACAGGUAGUGUCUCUGGAUGCUCAGAACAUUGUGGCGGUGUCUUGCGGUGAAUCUCACACUCUGGCUCUGAAUGAUAAAGGACAAGUGUUUGCGUGGGGUUUGGGUUCAGAUGGACAGCUCGGCCUUUCGAAUAUUGAAGAUUGUCUCCGUGUACCCAGAACUGUCAGGAGUUUGUCUGAGGUUCAUAUUACCCAGGUGGCCUGUGGAUAUUGGCAUUCUCUUGCUUUAGCCAGAGGAGGUCAGAUAUUCUCAUGGGGCCAAAAUAAAUAUGGACAGCUGGGUCUCGGGAAGCAAGGAGCGGGUGUUUCCACCCCACAAGUCAUUCAGUCUUUGCAGGGCGUCCCGUUUGCCCAGAUUUCUGCGGGAGGCGCUCACAGCUUCGGACUCACGAUCUCUGGGGCCGUUUUUGGCUGGGGGCGAAACAAGUUCGGCCAGCUGGGCCUCAGCGAUAAUGAUGAUCGCAAUUUCCCUGCCUUGCUGAAGACUCUCAGGUCCCAACGGGUCGUUUACAUAUGCUGUGGAGAGGACCACACGGCUGCACUAACAAAGGUGUGGAUUGAUUUUACAGGAUUUGUUGCUUAUUUUAAGGGCUUAAUAAGCUUAAAGUAGUAGUGUGCACACAUCCACAUCCAGGUGC